AUGUUGUCUUCUGCCCGUGCAAGGCUUCCAAUUUCACUUUGUUCCUUUUCUUUGCCAUUUGCGCGAUUGCCUAAUACACUAUCGCGAUAUCAAGAAACGUGGCAGCGCCUACCGGGUCGUACACACCCUACACGUUCAAUCAGGACGACACCGGCGUAUGAAGGCCAUAUCCCAUUGAAUUGGUUUGAAAACGCGGUUCUGGCUGUGGGGUCAGCUUUUAUGUCCCUGGCGGACCCUCGUCGAGGUGACAUGGUAGCUGCUCUGGGAGAGACGACAGCGGGACCUACCUUACCAAGUUUGAGAGACCGAAUGCUGGACAGUAUAGAGGGUCGCAGGGUGCUAAUGCAGCGGCCGAGAGUCAAUUCUUCCACCAUUGACCUGAACAAACUAGCGCAUUAUCCUGAAGGGACAUUUGGGCGGGCUUAUGUCACGUGGCUAGAACGGUGUGGGGUGACUCCAGAUACGCGAGAACCAGUUCAUUACAUCGACGACCCAGAACUAGCUUACGUCAUGCAGCGCUAUCGUGAAUGCCAUGAUUUCUAUCAUUGUAUAUGCAACCUUCCGGUCAACGUCGAAUCCGAACUCGCGCUCAAAUAUUUCGAGUUUGCAAAUCUCGGAUUACCUAUGACUUUAUUGUCCGCUCUGGUUGGGCCCGUUCGCCUCACGCCUCAAAAGCGACAACGGCUCUUCGCAGAAUUUGUUCCCUGGGCUUUGAAGUGUGGAGGCAGUUCCAGGAGUUUGAUAACUGUCUACUGGGAGGAACGUUGGGGUCAGAACGUCGCUGACAUGAAGACUGAAUUUGGCAUUUGGGAUCCGCCAGAGGCAAGAUGGAGCAAACCCCUGAGCGAGGCCAAGGCUGCAGCGGAAAGGCAUCGGACAGCACAGACUCAUUAACUGGCUUGGAUUCUUCAUCAAAUCAUUAUUCCCUGAAUUUACAGCCCAUGUUCGACCAGUC